AUGCGGAUGCAUGCUGCGGUAUGGCUUUUUGCCGAGACGAAUGGAAACGACUACGCUCGCGCUUGCGCAGCCAAGCGUAAGACCUUUCCCGCAGAAGUGAAGAAGGUCAAAGAUUCUAAUUGGAUUAAGAGAAGUGGGGGAGUGCGCCUGCGCCGUAUGUGGACCGCCUUGACUAUCGACGAUCGACGCCGGUUAAUGGAGCAGACACCUGACGACACAUUUCCUCCAGGUACCGAGGGAAUCUUAGACGAGCGUACGAGACUUGCGAUUGACGGAGAGCCCACGGGUGGAUCGGAUCAUAUCUCGGAUACGAACGUGCUCCCUACCAGCACUAUCUAUCCGGAGCUGCAAUCGAAGCUCAUUAGACUACAACGAGCGCAGGCAAACUUCCAUGAAGUUGUGGGGAAGGAGUGCAUGCUUCGUCUUGACGCUCAUUAUAAUGAGGGGAGCUUAUCGGGGGUUAUUGAUUCCACGGUAACCUGGGUCCAGCAUGCCGUCUUGCUGUCUAGAGCCAGAGAUCGACCAGGAACUGCCGCCGAAGCGUACGAAUCAAUCGCCAGAAGACUAACUGACGUUUUCCGAUUCGCAUUGGGGACCACUAGGCUUUCCCCC